CUGGGUGCAGCAAGCAGCUGGGUGCUGUUACAUUGUGUUCUGCAGAGCUCACACCUGCUCAUUUUCUCUCGGACGGAACAGGUGCAGCCACUGAAGAGCAGUCCCUGGUUAUGUGAAGAAGAUGACCAAGCAGGACAGCUUAACAAGCACUGUGUGAGACGCUCAUCUAAACACAGACAAUGGCAUCACAAGGUGUUUAUGACGUGAUUAUACUACAUGGCCCCGAUGCCAGAGAGUGGUGCCAGUAUCUCCAUGAAGUGUUUAAAAUGUGUCUGGAUUUCCAGGAGCUGGCAGUGAACAACUAUGAGUUAGACUGUGAUGACCCAAUUCUAGCUGAAGCUGUCAACGCUUUCCAAAACUGCAAAUGUAUUUUUAUCCUCUUAUCUGGAUACUUACUGGACAGUUUGAAUAAUAAUGAUGUCCUGGAAAGUGUUUAUAGCUUCCUGAAGCCCCCAAACAAAGUGGUCUCCUUGUUCUGUGGAGUGACAGACUGCGAGGACUUAACACAAUACUUUGAGGACUGGUCACAAUGGAAGCAUCUGUCCUCUGAAGAUGAUCCUGAAGAUUAUAUCAGAGCUGUCAGAGACACCAUUGCAGAAGAUUCUGGCUGUGAUUGUGUCACUGAUACAGACACUGAAUAUUCAACCUAUUUAGACCUAUUCGAAAAAGGCUCAACCCCAGAAUUAUUUGAAAGUGGAAACCUGGUAUCCAUACAGCCUGAGAGGAUACGAUGCGGGAUAAAAACACAAAUGUACUUUAUCUUUAAAUGCAAGCUUGACUAUCAAAUUAAAAAUGAGGUCUUUUUCCAACCACCUAAUGGCACUUCCGUUAGACAGCCGGCAACUUUAGUGAAUGAAUAUAUAUUAUAUGUGGAUGCGCCGGAUUUACCAUCUGGACUGGUUUUUCUCAAAGUAUUUGCUGGCGAUUUGGUAUUAUGUGAGGCACAAAUCUGUUAUUUCACUGACAUGGAAGAAAUUAGUCAUUUGCUGGAGAAUGCAACAAAUCCAGUUGAAUUCAUGUGCCAGGCAUUUAAGAUAGUUCCUUACAACGUAGAAAAACUAGACAAGCUACUGACAGAGUCGCUAAAGAACAACAUCCCAGCCAGCGGAUUACAUCUCUUUGGAAUUAACCAGAUAGAAGAGGAAAACCUAAGUGCAAAUCACAGAGAUGAAGAGCUCCCAACCCUUCUUCAUUUCUCUGCAAAAUACGGACUUAAAAAUGUAACAGCUUUGCUUCUAACUUGUCCUGGCGCCCUGCAGGCCUACAGUGUGUCCAAUAAACAUGGAGACUUCCCAAAUAACAUGGCAGAAAAGUAUGGCCACAAGGACCUGCGGCAGUUUAUUGACGAAUAUGUGGAAACGGCUGACAUGUUAAAGACUCACAUUGAGGAAGAGCUGAUGCUUGGCGAGGACGGUGAUAAAGAGACGUAUACAACAAUGGCUGACCUCUCCACUGGUCUUCUGAUGAAGUGUUCCCUUAAUCCUGGCUGUGAUGAUGAUCUUUAUGAAACCAUGGUUGGGCUGGUGCCAUCAUAUGAAGCGGAUUGUACAUAUGUGGAUAUGACGCAAUAUAAAGACACUAACCUCUCCGCUGCAGGGAAACACUGCUUUACAGCCAAAGAUUCAGUAUUGCGGAAAAUCUUGGAAGGAGGGAGCAUAGAUGAGUCUUACAACAAUGAAGAAGACCCUUAUGAUGUGUACAAAGGUGAAGAUGUUUAUGAUACAGUACGUGAAAGUACCUCACAGAGUGAAGCUGUAAACCGGCCACCCAUCCCAGUACCAAGACCCAAAGAGUCACAAGAUACAGAACCUUUCAUUUCAAAGGUUUUUACAGAGAAGACUCAAACAAGGCAAGAAAAUAUCUACGUAGAUUCCUUACACAAGCCCAGGAGAGGCUCAAGUGUCAAGUUAAGAAGAGACAGACCUCAGUCAAGUGUAUAUGACCCAUUUGUUGGCAUGAAAACCCCAGGCCAACGGGAACUAAUUACAUUACAGGAAAGAGUAAAGCUUGGAAUAAUCACUGUUGAUGAGGCCUUGCUUCAGUUUAAAGAGUGGCAACUAAAUCAAAAGAAAAGGUCUGAUUCCUUUAGAUACCAGCAGGAAAACUUAAAGAGGUUAAGAGACAGCAUCAAUCGAAGACAAAAUGAAAAUAAAAAGCACGGGAAAAAAGCAGAUCUAGAGAUCACAAAGCCCAUUCGCCGAGGCCAAAACCCAGGAAACAAAACAGAAUGCGGUAUUUAUGAGUCAAGCGCUUGCUUUUCGGCCCCUCCAAAGAAGGAGAUUACACGGGGAAACUGGAAAACUGACAGCACCUCCAGCACUGCAAGUAGUGCCAGUAAUCGAUCCAGCACACGAAGCACAGUGAGCCUCAGUAGCGGUAUGGAAGCGGACAGUGAGGACAAUGAAGAAUCUGAAACCUCUCGAAGACAAAGCCCUAGGAAUUCUGUUAGAGAAGACCGACCACCACCUCGACCACCAAGGAUACCAAAUCGAGAGUCUAGCAGGCUUCCACCGGCAGUGUCCAGACGAAGCAUUGGGAAAGCACCGCCAAUCCCUCCAAGGGGACGAUGACGCCUCUUGCUGAUGAUGCACAUCUCAUGGAUAGUUACUGAUUUCAAAAUAAUGAAGAUCAGAGUUUUAUUACCACAGAGCAUGAAAACGAGUGAUGUUGAGACCUGAGAACUAUAGUUUUUAAUUACAGGAACCAAUUGCAAGUAAUGUUUUUAUUAUAUUUGUACGCUCGGAAAACUGAAAGCUGGAAACUCUCUGGCUGUGUUGUUUUCCCUCCAGUUCCGCACAAGACAAGAGUGCCCACUCUCAUUUCCUUAUUAACCAUGGGCUGAGCUCAGCUUCUCUGUACGUGGGGACAAAUCACCCAUUCAUACCUUCUAUCUAGAUACCAACUUCUAAACAAUCAAAUGCAGACAAAUAUAGAAUGCAUCUGGUAUGAAAUCAUUUUGCUUAACACUUUAUAAGGUCAAUAUUACCCAAAAAUAUUCAGGUAUGUAUUUAAAGUUGUUUAUAUGCAAACAUUUAUAUGAUUGUACGAUUUUAGAUUGUGUCUUGUUAAGCAACGUACGAUUUACUGGCAAUGUAAAUAUCAUGGCAUGGUGACAUUAAAACAGAAUUUCUGUCACUAAGUCCAGUGGACAGUAUUUCAAAAUAAGUGAGAGUUUUUAUUCUUAUUAUAGUUAGCAAUUCUGUUUCACAGUGUUUGUGAAAACAAUAUAUAUAUAUACAGGUGGCACUCGGUUUACAACGGUUCAAUUUGCACCGUUUCAGAAUAACAACCUUUUUUUCAUUUAUGUGACUGCUAUUGAACAGCAUUGAGAAGCAGUGCAUUGAUUAAAAUUGCCAGUAGGUGGAGCUGUCCGCUUGUGUUGCAGCAAAGAUAUGCAAGCCAAGCAAGCUGAAAUUAAUCAGUUUAACCAGACCUGAGCUAUCGAGCAGCUUGCAAAGGAACAAGAUCUUCCUGUCUAUAAAUCAGUCCAGAUUAGAAUGCAUAGAAAGAACUGUUUGCAGAAAAAUGCAAGUAAAGUCUGUGUUGUGAUUAUUUUAUUAGGUUUAUAAUGCUGUUUAGCAAAUGUGUUUGUUCAUUUAACUAAGUUUAAUUAUA